ACAACUCAUUCUCUCUAGCUACUUAUUCUCUUCUUCUCUCUUUCUUUCUUCAUUUUCCCCAAACCCUCACCAAAAGAGAAGGAAGGAAGGAAGGAAGAUCAACAAACAAAGGAUUGUUAUACAUCAACUUAAUUGUAGUUAGUGUUCAAAUAUCUUUUGGGUCACCUGAUGACUUUCCCUAAUUUCCAACUCUUUUCUGGUAAAGGUUAGAACAAACUCAUCAAUUUCAUACUUCAUCUUAGCUAGAAUUUGCAACAACGUAACUAAGCUCGCUCUAAUUCAACAAGAAGGAAAAAGAAGCUUCCAGAUGGAUCAAUUAACAGCUCAUGGCCGUCCUCUUCCACCUCCUUUUCACACAAGAGAUCUUCAGACGUUACAGAAUAACCAUCCUCACCAGUUCCAUCACAUACAACAACAGAAAACUGAAGAUGAACAACAAAGCGGACACAGAAAUCAGAAACGAGAUCGAGACGAUAACUUCAGUUUAAAUCCUGAUCAAUCCGGCUCGAUGGAUAGCAAAGGAAACACUACAGGAGAAGGCGGUGGAGAAGUCAAUAGAAGACCAAGAGGAAGACCAGCUGGUUCAAAAAACAAACCAAAACCACCAAUCAUAAUCACUCGUGAUAGCGCUAACGCUCUUAGAUCUCACGUUAUGGAGAUCGCUAGUGGCUGUGAUAUACAAGAAAGUAUCUCAAACUUCGCCACCAGAAGACAACGCGGUGUUUGCAUAUUAAGUGGUAGCGGAACUGUUACAAACGUUACAAUUAGGCAGCCAGCAUCUCCCGGUGCGGUGGUAACUCUACAUGGAAGAUUUGAAAUCUUAUCGCUCUCCGGUUCAUACUUGCCACCACCAGCCCCGCCAGCUGCAUCAGGACUGACGAUAUACUUGGCCGGAGGACAAGGCCAAGUAGUUGGCGGUAGUGUUGUUGGGCCGCUGAAUGCUUCGGGCCCGGUUGUGAUUAUGGCAGCUUCGUUUGGGAAUGCAGCAUAUGAAAGGCUUCCGCUUGAAGACGAAGAAUCGCCGGUGGGGCAGCAAGGAAGUGGGGCAAAUUUACCAACAAGUAGUGGGAUAGUAAGUACUAAUCAACAACAUCAAGGUGCAGCAGCACAACAAAUUAUGGGUACUGAUCCAAAUGCUAAUUUACUACAAGGAUUGCCUCAAAAUCUACUAAAUUCAUGUCAAUUACCAGCUGAUGCUUAUUGGGGAACAGGAGCUCGUCCUCCUUAUUGAUUUUUAAAAAAUGGGGAAUUUACUUCAAAACUAGUUGUCCUCUUCUUCUUCUUUUUUUCUCUUUGCAUUUUGUUAAUCUUGGACAUGGUUUCUGAAUUCCAAUAUUAUAGUACAGUAGUACUACAACUUCAACUUUUCCAUUGGCCAUCUUUACUACUUCUACUUCUUAAAAGUGUUAGUCGAGUUUGUGGAGUUAUUUAAUCUUUCUACUUAUUAGUCGAGAUAAGAGUAAAACUGCGUAUACAUCAUCCUCUUCUAACUCUACUGGUGAUGGAGUGGAGUUUUAGUGAAUAUGUUGUUGCUUAUUAGUCAUUUAGUGAGGGAUGCAAAAUUUCUAGUAUAAUUUGUGUUUUUUUUUCUUUCUUCUUUAUUUUAUGUGAAUGGUAGCAAAAAAAAUGUUACAAAA